UAUUGGUUUCCCUCGUGAUAUAAGGAAACAACGAAUCGUCCCUGUCGGUCGACGCCCUUGACUCGACGAAUUGUGGAACGAGUCGAAGAAGGACGGGACGCCGCUGGCUAAAAGAGGACAGACCGGUGAUCGUGCGAGAGAGAAAGAGGGGCUGAGAGAGGGAGAAGAAGCGAGCGGGAAAGGUUGAAGGAGAGAAAGAGACGUGCGACCCAGUCCCUGUGUGUGCAUUCGUGUCCUCUUAUUGGUGUGUCGGUGUGUCGUCGCCGCGGCGGAUGGUGUUAGUAGCCGCUCAUUGGUGUUCGCCGCGGCGGCAAGCGGCGUUCACACGUUUCCCGUCAUCCACUUCGGUACCCGGCUCGCAGUAGAGCGUCGUUCGUUGCACGGUGCGGUUCGUGACGUUUCGCGAUCCGUUCCCCGAAUCGCUUUCGUUUUUACUACCCCUUACUCCGUUACCGUCGUAGCCGUCGUCGUCGUCAGUCGUAUUCGUACGUAUGUGUGUGACCAGCGUGCUGCACGCGUUCAUCCCCUUUGUCGCCACCCCCAACAUCAGGACCUGAGGAUCGCGCACGAGUGUUCCGUCUUUUUUUUCGUUCUCGGUUCCCCCCUCUACCCCCCGUUUCUUUUCUUUCCCGUUUCUGGUGAACAAGUGCGAAACGUUGAAAGAUCGGUUUUGUGUUUCUCGGAGUUUCUGUAUCUCCCGUUGCAAAUUCCGAUCGCCCGUAGCUUGAGCUUCAGUGCCAAACGUGGAUUAAAAAGAAUCUUGGAGGCGACCGCCACCGGACAUCAGCCGGCGAGAGGAUCUCGAUGGUGAACGGUGAGGGAGGACCACUGGCGUUUCUCCAGGAUCCCGAGGAUGUCCGCGGAAAGAUCAGGCCAGGGAAUGGAUCAUGAAGUGACCGCGCGCAAGGGACACAGUGGACACGUGUGAUUCCUCGACAAGUAUUUAGCCACAAUUAAGAUGUACCCCGCGCCGGCGAGACAUCCAGCCGCUGCCGGUGGCGGAGGAAGCGGCGGGGCUGCGGGAGGGCUGAAAUUCACGGUGGCUGACACUUGCGAGAGGAUCAAAGAGGAAUUCAAUUUCAUCCAGCAACAGAACCACUCACUGAAGAUCGAAUGCGAGAAGCUGGCCAGCGAGAAGACCGAGAUACAGAGGCAUUACUUCAUGUACUACGAAAUGUCUUAUGGUAUCACCGUGGAGAUGCACAAGCAGACGGAGAUCGCCAAGAGGCUGAACGCGAUAAUCGUCCAGCUACUCCCGUUCCUGGCACAAGAGCAUGGCUUGCAGCAUCAGCAGCAGGUGGCCAAUGCCGUAGAGAGGGCGAAGCAAGUCACGACGACCGAGCUAAACGCUAUUAUUGGGCAACAACAGGGUCUUCAGCAGCUAUUGCAACAGAUUCACGCGCAGCAGCUGCCACACGGCGCAGUGGUCGGCGGUCUUCCGCCGGCCGGGCUGUUGGGGUUCGCAGGUGCGGCCGCGGCGGCCGCAGCCGCGGUGGUGCCGCCUCAUCUCGCGCCGCCGCCGCAUCCGGCGGCCGCGGCCGCGGUCCAAGCACAGGCGCAGGCGCUCUUGAAGCCGUCGGACCUGCAGCAGCAUCGGGCGGCCGCGGAGACGCCCGAGGACCGUAAGCCGAUCGCCCUCACCGACGACAGGCUCAGGCGAUCCGUGUCGCCGCCGGAGAAAUUCCGCAGCCGCACCCCCGACCUCGUGAGCGAUCCCAAGAGGCGGAAGGAGGAGAAGCUCGGAAACGAGAGCGACGGGGAAAAGAGCGAUCAGGACUUGGUGGUGGAUGUUGCGAACGAGGAGGCGUCAUCACCGCACGCGAACGGCGAACACUCAGAUCCACGUGAGAACGGCACCUUGGAGAAGCUGAGUGCUCCAGGACACGCGGGACCGACUUCCGGCGCUGGCUCGGCAUCCGUAAAAGACAGGCCGCCCUCGCGGAGCGGAAGCUCCUCCGCUCGUAGCACACCGUCUCUGAAAAGUAAAGAUAUCGACAAGCCGGGUACACCUGUGGCGGCGGCGAGGGGGUCGCGCAGCUGUACGCCAACUAUGGGCGGAAUCCCUGGGCCCUUGGCAUCGCGAGUCUAUCAUCCGCCAUCGUCGCAGCAAACGCCACCGCAGGGCUAUCAGGGUUUGCCGUCCCGCGGCAAUGAGCCGCCGCAAUCGUCUUCGCCGUACAGCAACUUACCGUACGCCAGGACUUCCAUGCUCGGUUUCGAUGGUCACGUAAGGAUACCACCGAGUAACGGGAUGAGCAACGUCCCAGGCGGUAAAACAGCAAUCUCGUUCCAUGCGAACGGCGAGGGUGAGAUGCAGCCUGUGGCAUUCCCCACGGACGCUCUGAUAGGACCGGGAAUUCCACGUCACGCGCGUCAGAUUAAUACCUUGACUCACGGCGAAGUUGUGUGCGCGGUUACCAUCUCGAAUCCGACCAAGUACGUCUACACUGGCGGCAAAGGGUGCGUGAAAGUCUGGGACAUCGGACAUGAAGGCGGCGGCAGUACCAAGCCUGUGUCGCAGCUGGACUGCCUGCAACGGAACAAUUAUAUUAGGUCAGUGAAGCUACUGCCGGACUGUAGGACGCUGAUAGUCGGCGGCGAGGCGAGGCAGCUGAUCAUCUGGGACCUGGCCAGCCCGACGCCGAGGAUCAAGGCGGAGCUGACCUCCUCAGCGCCAGCCUGUUACGCGCUGGCCAUCUCGCCGGAUUCGAAAGUCUGCUUUAGUUGUUGCAGCGAUGGCAACAUCGCCGUCUGGGAUCUCCACAACGAGAUUUUGAUCCGGCAAUUCCAAGGACACACAGACGGCGCAUCCUGUAUCGACAUCUCGGCCGACGGAUCGAAGCUCUGGACAGGAGGCCUGGACAACACUGUACGUUCCUGGGACCUGAGGGAAGGCAGACAGCUACAACAGCACGACCUGAACUCGCAAAUAUUCUCCCUGGGCUAUUGCCCGACUGGGGAAUGGCUCGCGGUCGGUAUGGAGAACUCGAAGGUCGAGGUACUCCACGCGUCCAAGUCUGACAAGUACUGUCUGCUCGUGCACGAAUCCUGCGUCCUAUCGUUGCGUUUCGCGUCCUGCGGCAAAUGGUUCGUCUCUACCGGCAAGGACAAUCUGUUGAAUGCCUGGCGCACACCGUACGGAGCUUCAAUAUUCCAGUCGAAGGAGUCAUCGUCGGUGCUGAGCUGCGACAUCUCCGCCGACGACAAGUACAUCGUAACCGGAUCCGGCGACAAAAAGGCCACUGUAUACGAAGUGAUUUACUAGACGCACGGUAUAAAGGACGUUCACGUUUCCAACCCUUUGUCGAUACCCGAACUCUGAAAAGGAGCCGCGACUCUCCCCGCGCCCCUCGCAACCCCAACCUUUUUUUCUCGCGGGAGAUCCGACAAGUGAGACUUUUAGCAGCCUUAGAAACCUAGACUGUUACUAUUGUGUAUAUAUUCGUACGAGUCUAUACUACGGUAGAAUUCACGAGCAGAGGCGGACGAAGCCGAAGAGGAAAUGAAGACGGAAAUAGACGAUCGGGAGAGCACGACGAAUCCAGAACACGGAGAAAAUAUGACGAGAAAAAAGAAAGGAAAAAAGAACAAGGAAGAAAUGAAAUAAUAAACUAAAAAACCUAAAAUUGUGUGUGCCAGAGAAGCUGUAUAUGUAUAUUAGAGUUGCGUGUGCGUGGCCCAACUGUACCUACGAUGAUGGUGUGAUUCCCGCGGAGGGACGAACUCUUCCUUUGCUUCGCGUGUAAUACAACGAGAACACGUUCAACGGGACGUUUUACCGAGCGAUCUUUGCAUGCGCGUUGAGUGACCGAGAAAGCCUUGCAACUGGUGAUGCUAGAUAUGAUUUCGUAUAAGUACCUAAUUAUAAAAUCAACACAUGGCCGAAGAUGAAUGGUCAGACGGCGGACGGUGUGAGAACCAUGGAACGAUGACUCGGUGUCUCGCGGCUAAAAUUUCGACGGUAUCGCCAACCGAAGAUUUUCUUCGAAACUUUUACAACAGAUGUUUUUUGCAAUCACUGUCCUUCCCCUUUUCGCCCCCUCGAUUUUAGCGCGUUGCCACUAGAUAGCGACUUGUCGCAGCGUACCCUUGAACCCUUUCGGGACAGCGAGCGACCGACCCCUCGCUACAAGUUCACAGUUCCAUGGACGAUUAUAGCCUUCGACAAGUCGCAAUAUAAUAAAGGUAUGUCUACAUCGCGGAAGACGGAAUCACGAUGAUCAAGUCUGAAUCGGGCCUACCCCCUCCCCCCUUCCAACUUCCGUUCGACCGUCGCGAAAGGGUUCAAAAAUUCGUUCUUAAAUGUUCGUGCACUUGAUUGUGAAUCGGUUACAGCGAUCGGGGAAAAACUAUUCCGGAGGAAUGUCGUUACGCCACGUCGAACAACGAUGAAAAUCUGCUGUUUCUACCUGAGAGGAAAGUAAAACGCGAGAUAUACAUAGGUACACCGCUAGUGGAGCGGUGUUCUGUAUUGUUUAAACGUAAACUGGCCAUGACCAUUAAUUUUAAAUAUAUCGAUUAAAAGUAAUUGUCUUUUCUAUUGGACGACGCGCACACGCGGGUAACCGUCUGAAUUUUUUACAGCGAACGAACGCGAUGUUGGGGUAAGUAGAUAUUUACCUGUAUAUUUAACGAAUUUUAUGGAUUAUCGGGGUGGAUAUUAUUUCAAUGAUACUUCCCACUUGGCUCGUGCAUUAUUCUAUUGUAGGUGGCAAGUAUCAUUGGAGCAAUAAUGAAUUCAAUUUCACGUGAGAUGAACAUUUCCAGUGUCAUUUUUUUGUCUGAUAAGAAAUUCGUUUUCUAUAACAAUUCCAUGUGCUGUUUUUUGUUUUUUGCAGCUCUUUUUACUUCAAUGAUCAACUGAUUUAUAUAAUUUCCUGUUUAAACAAUAAUUUCUUAUUGGCGAAAUCUUGUUUCUGAAAAUAAUAUCCGAAAUUACUGAACUAAUUCACUCAGUUUUUUAUAUCAAGAAAAACGCAUCGCGGAGAUAAUAAAAUGAAAUAAAUUUUUAAACCUUUGUUAAUCCUGAAUGUACUAUGCGUGAUAAAAAAAUCAGUUUUAAAAUUCUGCAUUCUCUUCCGUUCACUUAACUUUAUAUCAAUUCUUAUAUUAACUAUUAAACAAUUUCUCAAUUGUUAUCUUUAUUGUUGUUUCUGUUUCCAUCCGAAAAUAUUUAUUGCCUGGUUUGAUUAUCUUAAAAUAACAGUAGGAAAAGGUGUAUAAAAAGUGCCGGUACGUUUAACGUUAAAGUAUAUCCAAAAGUAUCAAAAGCAUUUGAAAAAAGUUACAGUCUUCAAACGAGAAAAAAUAAAUCUGAUUCUAUAGGUUGGAAAGUACAAAAUCUCCUCAGUGAAAUCCAUCGGGUAAAAAUGAAUAUUUCAAGAAAAAAAUAAUUCUCACUUCUUACAGUUGAGUAGAAUGUAGGUCGGGCACUAAGAAUUAUUGGAGCAGUUAAUGCAUUAAACUGAAAUGAUUCAUAAAUACAAGAAACGUGACGAUGUUCCCUCCGUUUCCGUCUAGUUAAGUUACGUAUUGCUGCAGUCAGACAUGCGCAUACAUCGAAACGUUGUCCACGCUGAACGCAAUCAAUCUUAAUCCCACUAAUGCGCACAUCUUAUCGAAUUCGAUUGACCCUAUAAUGUUUUAAAACGGUGCAUCGAAAUCCGCAAAAUAACUUUGAAAUUCAAAUGAGGAUAAUUGCUCACGCUCGCUUUUAACGUGGAACACGUGACCGAGUUCGUUAACUAGUAGUGUUGAAAUACAAUCUCCUUGUCACGCUCGUUGUGCUUACGAAUCACUUUAACGCGAGGCAACGCGGGUUGUCAGAGUGCUUGUUUUUUUAUCUAAAAAUAUUCAGUCGAGAUUGAAUAAAAUUAACACUUUCCCUGAUGUCGGUUAUCGCAAUGUUACGAAUUAACAGACAACCCAUCAUGCACAAUACUGCUUGAAAAUGUUGGAGUAACGUUGGAUAGCACGUUCUACAGUUUCAUUUUCCCGAUGUUUCGUUUGAUAGUUUGUACUAGCAUUUUACAGACAGUCUUCUAGAAUUUUAAUGACGAAAUCGAAACCGGAAUUUAUAAUCGGUUGCUUCACGGUUACAGUUUUCUGAGAUACGAUGUUGAUAAUAACGAUAACAUCGAGUUUAUUCUACAAAACAAAGCAAGUAAUUAAAAAAUAUAUUGAUAAGAAGGGUGAAGGGGAAAUAGCGAGGCAAGCGAAGUAUGACUAAAGUAAAGGUGUAUUAACGUGAAGUUUGACAGCUAACGAACGUCAUCGUUAAACCUGGUAUUCGAAGAGAAUAUGGUAAGACAAGUUUUUUCUUUUAAAUCAUAAACACGUGUAUGUAAUCACAUCCAUAACUAAUUAUUUCGGUUUCGAUUUCUUUCGGCUAGUUACAUUUUGUAUAACUAGCUGCGACUUAAAAAGUUAAAUUAAAAUCCUGUUACAAACAUAGUUACAACUAUUUUCUUGCGUCAGAUUUUACUAUAAAAAAAGAAACGUAUUAAGUAGUAUCGUGUGCGAAUGAGUGUAAGUAUUGAACAAACUCCUUGUACAGAAUUCUUAGGUACAGACUUGGAUAAAUGUUAUUUCGAAUAAUGAAUAAAAAGUCCACGAUUUAUUCACAAAUAAACAAUAAACUUUUAAUUGUAACAACGUCUAUUUGUUACCAACAAAGAGAUUCUUAUAUUUAUUCGUAUUAGUAAUCCCCUUAAAUGAAAUUUUAUUCUUUAAUUAAUUGUUAGUUUAGAAGAAAUCGCGAAUAUGUUAACGAUAAUAACUAAACUGCAGACUCCAUGCAUUUAUGGCUAAUGCAAAUGUGUAAGACACAAUA